AUGGGUUUAAUAGGAGAAGGUCAACAGGUUUCAAAAUCUGCUGCCAAAAUCUCACUUCUUAAUCGCAUCGAUCUUUCAAGCCCUGAUACUCAAGGCUCCGCGUGCUUAGAUUCUGGGUUCUUCUAUGUAAUCAAUCAUGGGAUUGACGAGGCACUCCUGGAUGAAGUUUUCUCUCAAAGCAAAAGAUUUUUCAAUUUGCCGAAGAAGGAAAAGAUGAAGCUUCUGAGGAAUGAGAAAAACCGAGGCUAUACCCCUGUUUUUGAUGAAACUUUGGAUCGUGCCAAUCAGAUACAUGGGGACUAUAAAGAGGGAUACUACAUUGGAGUUGAAGUAUCUGAUGAUGACUUUGAUGAACAGAAACCUUUUUAUUCACCAAACAUCUGGCCUAAUGAAGAUAUCUUGCCUGGAUGGAAGCAAACUAUGGAGAAGUAUCAUCAGAAGGCCCUAGAGGUGGCUAGAGCAGUUUCACGGUUAGUAGCCCUGGCACUUGACCUGAACAUCGACUUUUUCGACCAGCCUGAAAUGCUUGGAAAUCCAAUCGCAACCUUACGACUGCUGCAUUAUGAAGAUCGAACUUCUGAGCCUGACAAGGGAAUAUUUGGAGCUGGUGCACACUCUGAUUAUGGUUUGAUUACCCUUUUGGCUACAGAAGAUGUGGAUGGUCUUCAGAUAUGUAAAGACAAGGAUGCUAAACCUCAGAUCUGGGAGGAUGUACCACCAUUAAAAGGGGCAUUUAUAGUUAAUCUUGGUGAUAUGCUGGAACGCUGGAGCAACUGCAUGUUCAGAUCUACGCUUCAUCGAGUAUUGGGUAAUGGCUCGGAAAGAUACUCUAUAGCGUUCUUUGUUGAGCCGAGUCAUGAUUGCAUUGUUGAAUGCCUCCCGACUUGCCAAUCAGACAAGAACCCUCCGAAGUAUCCCCCAAUCAAAUGCAAAGAUUACCUGCGUCAGAGGUAUAAGGAGACACACGCUGACCUCACUUCCUACAAAUAGUGAAGAUACUAUGCAUGCAACUUAGGUUUGUGAAAGCUUCUGAUGGUCAAGAUAGUGCCAUCCGAAAGUGGUUCAUUUACCAUCACUCACCUGUAUGUUCAUGUCUUCAUGGUUCGUUUGUAGUUUCUACAGUUGAAAAUUUGAAGUUUUAAUUCUGUUGUUUUUCAUGUGAAUAUUUGAAUUACGUUUUGGAUGAUAAAUAAGAUUUGUUUUGUUUUCGUACUGUGGGAAUGAGCGGAAUUAGUGUAGUUCGUUGGUUUAUUUCGCUUUGAAACUGUCAUUGCACAGGGCCAGAAUCGGCCAACCGGGCUUACCUUAUUCACAGUUAUAUUGGCCGACGAGGUUAUGAGAUCGCUUCCCAAUGAGAAUUUCUAGAUAGCUUCAAAUUACCUAUAGUAAAAAUGUGAUCUUUCCUGUGUCAAUUACAUGGAAGUUAUGGGGACAAAAAAUUUAAAAUUCCAUAUCACC